UUGCGUCACUUUCGCUCGCUGCAGCUGCAGCAGCAACCGCCGCCGCCGCGCUUGCUGAGCAGGGGCCGCGCUCCUGCGCUUGGGCUCGCCUGCCAGAGGGGGGCGCUGCGAGGGCGCAGGAGGCAGGGUGGGAGUCGCCCUUUUGUCACCGGCAGCGGGUUUCGGCCGCCCCCCCCCCCCCUCGCUCUCGGAAGGUGGCUGCUUGCUGACGCGCAGAGGGGGCGAGCGAGCGCGGGAGCGAGCGCCAGGGACGGAGCCUCCUCCGCGGCUGCGCCUCCCGCCCGCCCUGCUGGGAGCAGCAGCAGCAGCAGCAGUUCUCGGUCCGGCGCUGAUUUCUCCCCUCUCUAGGUGCGGAGAAGAAGGAGGAGGAGGAGGAGUGGGCACCAGAGAGGCGUGGCGCGGCGGCGGCGGCGACGAUGCGAGCGGCUCGUCUGGGCGCUGCUGCUGCUGUGGCGAGAUGGCGAGCGAAAUUGCCUGCUGCUGCCGCUGCCUGCUCGGCGUGUGACUGCUGCAGUGGACGGCCAGCGAGCCGCCGCGCCAGGGAGGUGCUGCUGUGAGGCGAGCCGCUUGCUGGAGCCUCGCCAGCCGGCUGCCCGCCCCUGGCCGGAACGAAGGUGCCGCCUGCUGCGACGGAGGCCGCCGCCACCGCCUCGCCUCUGGCAGGAAAGGGGGCUCUGCGCUCCGAUGCUCCUCCUCGGCUUGCCCGGCUGCAGUCUCGGGAGAGCCCACCCAGGUCCCCAGGAGUAGACUGUAGAUUGAAUGAUGAGCAGUGAAACCAUCCCCGAGGAGCUCUCCUCCCUGCCCUCCCAGGGUCCACAUUACUUUGACCGGUUCUCAGAAGAUGACCCUGAAUACCUGCGCAUCAGGAACAUGGCUGCUGACCUGCGCCAGGACUUCAACCUGAUGGAACAGAAGAAAAGGGUCACCAUGAUUCUGCAAAGCCCCUCUUUCAGGGAGGAGCUGGAGAGCCUCAUCCAGGAGCAGAUGAAGAAAGGGAACAACUCCAACAUCUGGGCCCUCCGGCAGAUUGCGGACUUCAUGGCCAGCACGGCUCCCUCGGUCUUCCCCCCGUCACCCCUGAACCUUUCUACCGUGACACCCAUCAAUGACCUCUACGGCACGGACACUUCUUCUCUGGCCAAAGGAGAGCGUCUCAUGCGUUGCAAAGUCGGCAGCGUCUACCGGCUGCUGGACCUCUAUGGCUGGGCCCAGCUCAGCAACACCUACGUCACGCUGCGAGUCAGCAAAGAGCAGGACCACUUCCUGAUUUGCCCUGUCGGUCUCUCCUGUCACGAAGUCACAGCCUCUAGCUUGAUUAAAGUGAACGUCCUGGGGGAAGUGGUGGAGCAAGGCAGCACCAGCUUCCCAGUGGAUGCCCGCGGAUUCAGCCUGCACUCCGCCAUCUAUGCGGCGAGACCCGACGUGAGAUGCAUCAUCCACUUGCACACGCCAGCCAUGGCCGCAGUGUCUGCAAUGAAAUACGGGCUGCUGCCAAUUUCCCAUGAUGCUCUGCUGGUGGGAGACAUGGUGUACUUUGACUUCAAUGGCGAAAUGGAGGCGGAAGCAGACAGAAUUGAGCUGCAGAAGUGCCUGGGACCCACCUGCAAGGUUCUGGUGCUGCGGAAUCACGGCGUGGUGGCCCUGGGGGAGACGGUGGAAGAAGCCUUCUACAAGAUCUUCCACUUGCAGGCUGCCUGUGAAGUGCAGGUCUCAGCCUUGUCUAGCACUGGUGGAGCAGAGAACCUGAUCGUUCUGGAGCGAGAGAAGCACAGGCCCCAUGAUGUUGGCUCAGUCCGAUGGGCUGGCAGCACCUUUGGACCCAUGCAGAAGAGCCGCCUGGGAGAGCAUGAGUUCGAGGCACUCAUGAGGAUGCUGGACAACCUGGGCUACCGGACUGGCUAUGCGUACCGCUAUCCGUUUGUCCAGGAGAAGACGAAGCACAAGAGCGAAGUCGAGAUCCCAGCCACGGUCACUGCCUUUGUCUUUGAGGAGGAAGGGGCCCCCAUCUCCACCCUCCGGCAGCAUGCCCAGAAGCAGCAGAAAGAAAAGACCCGCUGGCUAAACACGCCCAACACCUACUUGCGUGUGAAUGUGGCAGAGGAAAGCCAAGGCAGCGCAGGCAGCCAGAGGACCAAAACCACGUGGAUGAAAGCAGAUGCGGUGGAGAAAUCCAGCAGUGGGACGCCAAUCCGAAUAGAAAACUCAAACCAGUUUGUGCCUCUCUACACAGACCCACAAGAAGUUCUGGAAAUGAGGAACAAGAUUCGAGAGCAAAAUCGACAGGAUGUGAAAUCGGCAGGUCCUCAGUCCCAGCUGCUCGCCAGCGUCAUCGCGGAGAAAAGCAGAAGCCCGUCGACCGAGAGUCACUUGGCAGACGGAGAGAUGAAGGACGAAUCCCUGGAGGAGGUUGCUCCUGAGCCGCCUAACCCCUUCAGCCAGCUGACAGACCAGGAGCUGGAGGAAUACAAGAAGGAGGUGGAGAGGAAGAAGCUGGGCCUCGACGGUGAGAAGGAUGCUGGCCUGGAGGAGGAGGAGGAGGAGGAAGAGGUGACUUCCCCUGCGGAAUCUACUGCGACUCCCAUGGGGGAGAGCCCCACAAAGCCUGCACUGAAAAGCCCACCCAUGUCGCCCUCCAAGUCUUCAGAAGAUGGGAAGAAGACGGACGGCGUCCAGGCCCCCGCCGAUCCUGCUGCCACUGAGGAGAAGGCAGAGCCCGGGGCAGAGGUGGUGGUGAACGGCAAAGACGACGAUCAAACCGUAGAGGAGGUCCUGAGCAAGGGCAUCAGCCAGAUGACCACCCACGCAAGCACCGACACCGCUAAGGACAAAACGGAGUCUGUCACCAGCGGGCCAAUGUCCCCAGAAGGCUCGCCAUCCAAGUCUCCGUCCAAGAAGAAGAAGAAAUUCCGGGCCCCCUCCUUCCUGAAGAAGAGCAAGAAGAAAGAGAAGGCCGAGUCUUGAAAUGCCCCCCAGCCCCUUGCAGUGCCCCCCCAGCCCCAGCGUUUGGCCUCCCCCUCCCCUCUCCAUGCACAGUCACGGAAGCAAGAGGGGAGUCUUCUCCUGACAACGGCUUCUCCUUGGGCAGCACCCGAAACAAGAGGCUGAGGGCCCCGGGAUGGCUCUUCCUGAGGAACCCUCUUGCUUGGCUAGGGACUGCCGACGCCACCUGGGAAGCCAAGGAGAGCUUCCUGGGGGGUUUGCCAGACAGCCCCCCCCCCUCACCUGCCACCAUCCCCCCUGGACCCACAACCCAAGGAGAUCGCCAAGUUGAAGAACGCUUUGCUGGGGUUUUCCUUUCCCUCUGGGGGGCGGGGUGGGUGCUUGUUGCUUCGCACGGCUCACUUCCAGCCAGUCGUGUCUUGCAGCACUCAUGAUCAAAGCCAUCUCAGGCCUGGGGAUCCAGGGUCCUCACCCCACCCACCCCCUGCCACAGGCUGCUAAGUGGCACACAUGAUGCGGCCACUGUCCGGAAUCCUUCUGAGUGCUGACCAGCCCCUUGCAGAAGCAGGGAGCCCAGAGAAGGAGGCGGCGGUGGUGGCCCUGGACGAUUUGGGCGGCUUGACCGAAUUGCUGCUCUUCGACUCCUACAGAAUUUGCUCUGAACUUCGGAAGGGACGGUCCCUUCUUGCUGCAGGGUGGCACUUGGAGGAGGAAACCCCAGGAUUUACCCUUGUGGGAUUUCUGCAGCAAACAUCCGGCCCAGCGGCCAGCUGGGCUCCUGGAAGCUCCUUUCUGUGCCAAGGAGUUGUCACCAACUGUCUUUGGGGGAAUGUGUGUGCCAGGAGUGGUUCCUCUUACACCUGCCAUUCCCAGCACAAAUGGGGUAGCCAAGCAGGCGACAGAGAGAGGUGACUUAUGGGGCGCAAUCUGCCUGGAUGUUCUCCUGCCCAAACCCGAUAUCAUACAUGGGAGACGCCGGGGGUGCUCUGGUCCAUCCCCUGCCCAUUUCCGAGGGGCUUGUGCAGAGGAACAUCCUGGUGGAUUGUGCUCCAUGGUAAUUCGCAUUGGGCGGGAGGGAGGGUACCUCUUAGACACCGAAAUGUCUUGCUCUGGUCCCGGUUCUCAAACCUUCUUUGUGAAUCAGGCCACUGGACUCACUGGUUUCCCUUGUGUGGAGAGCUUCCUGUGGAUUCUGCAGCGUGGUCUGGAAGGGAAACCUGCGCAGAUUCUGUGUCCGAUGCUGCACCUUCUCCACUCCAGCCUCUCUUCUGCUCUGCAUGCAGAAGGUCCCAGGUGGGGAGGAAUCUUGAGGCAGCCGGUGCUGGGGAAGACCCCUGCUGGGGAAGACCCCUGCUGCCAGUCAAAGUAGACAAGACAGAGCAGCACGAUGGACCAGUGGUCCAAGGCAGGAGAAGGCCACUUCGGGUGGCCUGUCCCUUGUGCAGGUCUUCCGCUGCCCACUGCCACUUGUUCUAGAAAUGCCUCUCUCUUUCCCAGCCGCUGCGAAGAUGCGUGAGCUGCGCCCCUUCCCUGCCGUGCAAGGGAGGCACACCCAGGUCCUGCUUCCGCUGCAAGCGCGAACGAGGCAAAGGAAGAAGGCUCUCCAAGGAUCCGCCGCCUGCAUUAUGUUUGAAUUCUAAUUCCACUUCAGUCACUAAGUGCUACUUUGUUAGUCUUCGUUAAGGAAACACACACUGCCAAUAAUAUCACUUGUGUAAUAGUAAUUAAUAAGCUUUGUGGGGGCGGGGAGUUGUUUCUCACUUCGUGCACUAUGAAGGAAGGUUGUCACACGUGCCACUAGCCUCAAAAGCCAUUAGAACAUUCCCUGCAUCUGUAAAUGGCAUGCAAGACCAGACUGUGCCCCCCUCAGAAGAAACCUCCCGGGUAAGAAUGGAAGACAGAUAGCCCGAUCCAGUCUGCAUUGGUUUUAUUUAUUUAUUUAUUUAUUUAUUUAUUUAUUUUUGACAUUUAUAUCCCGCUCUUCCUCCAAGGAGCCCAGAGCGGUGUAUUACAUAAGUUUCUCCUCACAACAACCCUGUGAAGUAGGUUAGGCUGAGGGAGAAGUGACUGGCCCAGAGUCACCCAGCUAGUUUCAUGGCUGAAGGGGGAUUUGAACUCGGGUCUCCCUGGUUCUAGUCCAGCACUCUAACCACUACACCAGGCUGGCUCUCUCUGAUGGGGAAGAAGUGUCAUGAGGUCUUGGAUCACUGGACCUUGCAGUCACCCAGUGAAGUUGAUAGACAGCAGAAGCAGGGCUGGCAGAAGAAGUCCUUGGUUACACACCCGAUACUUAACUUGUGGAACUCAGUACCACAAGACGUGGCAAUGGCUCUAGGCUUAAGGCCAAAAAUAGACAUGACAAGAGAGAUGCAUGUAGGCGGCAUCUCUGGUCUCUUAAGGUUUUGCAGAUGGCAGCCAUUUGGGGUGGGGUUCGAUCCAGAGCUGAACUGUGGAGCAAAACGGGGAUCAUCUUUUUCCUGCUUGCCAUGUUCUGGAUGGAAAUCACUCCCCCUUCAUUGCUAUUUGCCCAGAAGGAGAACAUACACGGACAUUCAGAUUUUUUCCUACUAGGCCAAAUAGCAGCUUUGCGGGGCAGGGAGAGGUUUCCAUCAAGAGAAAUCCCAGGGAGAAAGAGGUAAAAACAGCCGCCCUCUUCCGGGUUUUUAAUCAAGCCCUUUGAUUCAAAAGCGGGAGGGGGUCGGUUUGGUCUGUUCUGCUCACCUUGGUGGUUUGGUGCUUUUCUCCUCCUCCGGCAAUUGACCUAGAGGAGGCAUCAGACCUGGCUGAGAAGAAGCUUGCCUCCCCCUCCCCAAGAAAUGGCACUUCUGGGAGCAAGGCGACUCUCGCAGGCAGUGGCUGUUGACAACUCUGAUCCACGCAGGACAAUGCAGUGGGACGUUCUCCUACACGCACACACGCCCCACUGAGAGAAAUACAUCCAUGGUGGGGAGUGUUUGGGUGUGCAGCCACAGCAGCAGCAGCAGCUCUGACUUAGUGCAUUGCAAGUGGGGGGACCCGUCCGCCCCAUUUUUCUCCUUGAGCUGGCUAUAGGUGAGGUUUCCUUCUCUUCCUGCUCUAGUGGUGCUUUGCACAGAGAGGCCCAUUUCUCUGGCGGCAAGGACCAAAUUCCCGCUUUUUCCAAAGGGAAGGCAGAGGAUGAGAAGAAUAUUUUAGAACAGACAAACAGCAAUUUGUUGGCUUUUAAGGGGAAAUAAGUAGCUGGAGAUGUCCAGCAGUUCGGGAACGGCUCAGUCAAAUGCGCCUCUGGUCUUUGGUGCUUCUGCAGGCCAGGUAAUUUAACAUGGCGACAUUUAAGGCACAAUCUUAUGCAUGUUUCCUUGAGCUUGCCUCCCCCUGUGCUCAGUGGGGCUCACCCCCAGGCAAGUGUGCAAAGGACUGAAGCCUUAUUUACAGAUGCAUGCAGCUUAAAUCACUGGCCCACCCAAUGAGUAGGUUGUGCAGGAGAAUCACUUUGGGCAAGGGUCCUCAGGCUCGGGACCCCAGAUGUUCUUGGACUACAACUCCCAUCAUCCUCAAAGGCCAUGGUUGCUGAGGAUGAUGGGGAUCGUAGUCCAACAACGUCUGGAUACCCAAGUCUGAGCACUUCUCAGAGUUGUUGGGGGAGCGUUGCAUCUAAGCCAGGGGUGGGCAAACUCAGCCCUCCAGCUGUUGUACUACAACUCCCAUUAUUCCCAGCCACAAUGCAUUGUGUCUGGGGAUGAUGGGAGUUGUUCUUCAACAACAUCGAAACCCUCCCCCACACACCCUCCAUUUCAAGCUGCGUUCCUCAGCCGUACCUGUAUUUCUUGCAGCUCACUGGUUCUGCAUGAUCCGUGACCCGAUCAGAGAAAUGGGUCUCCGUGCCAGGUGCGUAUGCCAAAGGGGCAAAACUGUUGGAUUCUGCAUUGGAGGGAGCGUGCCUGUCUCCCCUUUGUCAAUCACCUGGCUGCAGUUCCUAUGAAACAUCUGCUCUUCAGAGGCACUGCUGUUGGUGCGUUCCUGUUCUGCAGCUGGAUCUUGGAGUUAAUCCCAAAGCAGACCUUUAAGCCUGCCUGAGAAGCUCGCCUGUCUAUCCCCUGCACAGCAAUUGCACCUCUCCCAGCUCAGGUGGUGGGCAUGCAGAGUGGCUGAGCAGACCUUUCUGUGGCACCGGCCUGCCGGGGGUGGGGGGACGGGAGGAGUGCUCUGAAGCACGGCUGGGUUCUUGUGCUUCUCUCAUCAGCUUUAUUUUAUUUAUCCUAUUUCUAUACCGCCUGACAUGACAUGUGCAUCUCUAGGCGGCGUACAGAAGUUAAAAUACAACAAAGAUGAAGACAGGAUACAAUGAUUAAAACAACCUGACAAUCUAAAACAAGCCAUUUAAAAGAAAUGAACUAAAAGCCUGAGAAAGCAGGUGUGUCUUAAGGGCCCCCUUAAAAACAGCCAGAGAUAGAGAAGCUCUGAUCUUGACAGGGAGGGCAUUCCAGAGCAUUCCCUGGCAGGGGGAAUAUCCGUGGGGUGUGUGUGUGUGCACUCCUUUCAGGGGGUAUCUGCAGGAGCUCUUCCUCCCAAAUAGUGCCCCCUGUUGUUCAGCAGAAAAGGGGUGCCAUUUGGACAUACCGUAUAUGCCACUUACAUGACUGUAGUGAUCGCUCAGAAGCAGCCUGGGCACCUAGCAUCAACCCUUAACCUUUUCCUUGCUGCUUGUGAACCACUAUGAAAUCCCCUUUGAGCAGCUACGAAAUCACCUGCGGACUCUUGGGGUGGUUUCCUUGAGUGCCUGUCUGUUCUUGGCUGAGUGUAAGUGCUGCUGACUGGCCCCCGUCAAAGUUAAGGCUGCCCCCGAGUGCUUGGUGUGGGACUGGAUGGAAACCCCGCUCCUUUCCCUAGUAGUCUGCCGGCUGGUGUCCCAGCAGUUGUUCCGUGCGGUAGCUGGGCUGUGGGUUCAGCAGAGGCCCAGCAAGGGCUGUAGAGGUCAGGGGACGAGCCCCCGACUGCCCGACUCUGGCUGAGAAAGACCCUGGAUUGGGACCCUGCUGUGGGUGGCCAGUUUGACUGGUCAGCAGCCUGACUCUCUAGGAAGCAGCUUCCUAUGUGGGUUGUUGGAGCACAGCUGGAAGCUGGAGGGAAUUGGGAGUCUCAGCCCGAGAGAUGUGCUGAGAUUGGAGACUCAACAAGUGCCGCCAGCUAGCAAGAGUGGGAGUGAGCUGGUCCAGUCAGGGACUUCACAUCAGCACAAGGCUUAGCCGUGGCAGUGGGCGGCCUGCCGUAAGCAAAAUGCUUUAAUGCAAAUACGCUGACUACUGAUGUACCGCCUUUCAACAGACGUUCCCAAAGCAGUUGACAUGGAUAGAAAGAAAGAAAGCAGGCUCCCUGUCCCCAAAGAGCUCACACUCUAGAAAAGAAACACAAGCUAGACAUCAGCCACUGGGGGGAUGUUGUGCCAGGGCUGGAUAGGGCCAGUUUAUUUAUUUAUUUAAUUAUUAAAUUUAUAUGCCGCCCUUCCAAAAAUGGCUCAGGGCAGUUCACAACAUGUUGCUCUCCCCAUGCUCCAGCGCUGUCCUUCGGGCAGGGCGACUGCCCGAGGCCCUGCUGGGGCCCCUCACUGGCUGAUUUGCUUCAGAUCCCACAUCCCGCCAGGGCUUUUUAAGGACAGCCCUGCCUGCUCAAUAGAGAAUUGCCACUUUUUGCAGGUGCCACUUUGCUCAGUCAGCAGGGGAUCGCAGAGUACCAACCAGAGGUUCUCCAGAUGUUGCUGGCCUGAUGGUGGGAGUUGUAGUUUGGUGACAUCUGGAAAGCCAUUGGUUGGGAACUCCUGCUUUCAAGCAUUGGGCUGCAGGGUUCUCGGAAUGUGGUUACGGGAGGAGGUGAGACACCACAUCGUUUUUACAGAGGGAGGUAACGUAAACUCUAAACUCGGCCGUUGGUCCUGGAAGCUGGCAGAGGCUCCUUCCUGCUCUCUUCUUUCUCCCCACGUGCCAAAUCCUAGAGGGCUCGCUGCGCCCGUCAGUGGUGGCCAAAAUGGCCAACAGCCCUGUGAGCAGCACAUUAAAGACUGCAACCUGUCUUGUGGCCUCAGCUGUCGUUGGGCCAAUCCACACGACCAGAUGCACCAAGUGCAGGUAGACAAGGCUAGCGGGAGGGAAUCAUUACGUUUGCAAAGUGUGUGGGGAAUGGGAUAGGCGCUUGCCGUUGCGAAGUCCAGAGGAAAAGACACCGUGUGCACGCUCAGGGGUACUACUCUUGGGCACUGCAUAAAUAUUGCUUCCUAUCUGUUUCUGUGAAGAAGGGGCAUGGAAAGGGCUGGGGCUAAAUGGGUGGGGCUGAAAACGGUGAGCAUGGCCCGCACCCACAGGAGAUUUGCUUUUUCUUAUGCAGGUGGCUUUAGAGGUUAGGCAGCAUUUGGGAUCAGAGGAGAAAGUGCCUGUGGGGAAGCUGUAAGCAGGCAAGGCCGGAUUCUAGCUGAGAGGACAGAAUGAGACCGCAAAGGUAACUCGGGACGUUAAAUAGGCCGGGAGAGCCAUCUAUAUGGUGGCUUAUUUCUGUUGCAUCUGCAAACUCUGUGAAUAAAUGAAAGAAGUGAGACGAAGACUUCUUCCCUGGACCCGAAAUCCCUCCUUUUUGUUCCAGCUGCUUAUGCAUUAUUUUCAAGAUUGUCAUCCCACUCUUCUAUUAAAGAGCAGCCAACAAUUAACAAAAAUUAAAGCAAGGUAUUAAAAAUGAUCAAUUCAAGCAUUAAAAUAAAAGUAGAAUUCAGAGAUGAUACAGAAAAACAGCAGCAACCCAAAGACCAUCUUUAAAAGGCAGUCCCAAAAACCACCUGUUAAAAAAGAGAGAUCUUAGCUGCCAAAAGGCAGGGGGGUUUCCUGUGGCAAGGUGUUCCCUUGGCUUUCCAGCACCACCACAGAUAAGGCUCUGCCUUUCAUGCCCAGAUGCCCAGUCACUAGCGCAGUUCCAAUUUUCAGUGGAACAGUGCUUGCUGCAGGGAUCUCAACCAGAAAGCCCAAAUUGCUUACGACACUCAGAAGUUUUAAUGACCCCAAUGGCAGGUACCAUCCCCCAGGAAAUUCCUGAGCUCAGGAUUGCAGCAUGCCCUUCCCUUCAGUGGGGCUUGCCUUGAAUAUAUUCUGGAAGGAUUGUGCCCUGAUGGUUUAAGAAUAGCUCCAAAUCACUAACCCACCCCCACCCCCCAGUUGCUCUCCUUGUUUUUAGCUUGAGCGAAUCACUUGAGUUAGUGGGGGACAAAAGGCUCCCAGCCUCACUCUGUAAUUACAAGAUAUUUACGUAGUAGUUAUUCAUUUAUACGUUUUUGCAUCUGUCCUCGGGAGCACUUAUUCCAUGUAAUGAGAAAGGCAUAAGCAAGUGUGUGAUUAUUUCAAAACAACCCUGCAAUUAUCUCGGCACUUACGCAGCUGAUCAGGGGGUCUUCACUUCCUAAGGAGCCUGAGACGGGCAGAAAGGUGGAGCUCUGCUCUGCUCUUCCUUGCCCCCUUGCAGGCAGCUCAAAGCCAUGCCUGUCUGCCUGCUUGGGAAAGAGAGGCUUGGGGCUCCUUCUGCAUCGCAGUCGUUGGAGCUUUCUGGAACGGCGGGGGGUGGGGUGGGGUGGCGCUCAACGGUUGCCUUCUUUCCAGCCACACAGGGGGGUCAGCAAGCAACCUGCAAGUCCAAUCCAGCUCCCUGCAAGGUGUUGCAGGACUGUGUUGCUCACUGCCUCUGUGGCCAGGCCUUCCAUCCAUGCUCCAAGCAGCCAGCCGCAAAACCUCUGUGCAACACCCUUGGUGUCUGAAAGGGAGGAAGGAGGUGCUGACCUGGGAGAUUGCAAUGGGAGAGGGGUGCAGGGAGGCAGUCUUGUGGGGAAGAGCAGAAGAAGCCAGCAUCAGCUCAGCAAGCAGCAUCUUGAAGGGACGGUGCUGCAGACGGCAGAGGAAUGGUGUGGCUUACGCUCAGCAACCCGGCCCCGUCAGAGUGCUGGACUCUGUGCCUAAGACCACCUUUCCCAGAUGCAAAGCAGAAUGGCAGGAAAGCCAACUAGCUGAUGGGGAUAAAGCCAGCUAUAGGCCUGGUCCACGUCCUCAUUCAAAUCUAGGUUGAAUGUGCGUCAACCACAUGGGCGCCACUAUAUGAACUCAUGCCAAGACGGUGUGUAGCCCCAGAUGAAUCUGAGAUUCCCACCUUGGCAUGGGUCCACACAACCACACCAGUGUCAGUCGCCCACAUGAAAACUAGAUCCGAACCAUUUUGUGAACGAGGCCCGCCUGAUUAGGGCCACGGUCAGAGAGCCUGGGUUUGUGGGUGUGCAGUAGCACCAGGUUUGUGUGGAAGGUCAAGGCGGAGUUGCAGAGGGGGCAGCGACAUUGCUCCAACAAGGGCAAAAGGCUACUGGAGAAAAGUAACAACGGGAAAUACCAAAUGACAUCAGAUCCCUCUUUCUGAUUGAGUGGUUAAGCAGUGCUACCCCUUGGAGGAGGCAGGGCAGCUUCUGGGGCUUUUACCGAGGCUGUCACAGCAGCCACCGUCCACUGGCAUUAGCAAUGGCCAGAGUCAGUGUCAGGGGCCCACGGAGCGGAGUUCCAAGUCCAGAGCAGUCUCCAGCCCACCUGCCCUGCUGCUCUUUCUUCCAGUAGGAAGUGUGGACUGGGAACAAGCCGCACGCUCUGGCACGGCCUGGUGUUAAGGGUCGGCCACAGAUCUCUUGCUGGCAGCUCCCCGGAAGCUCACCUUGGCCCAGGUCAGCGGGAGAGAAAUGAAACCAUUCUUAAACAGAGACAGAUAACAAUGUUCUGUGUACCAGUCGGGCUGCUAGAUGUGAAAUGUGUGUGUCUGACAAUCGUUGCUUCAAAGUGCUAUUUCAUGUCGCCCUCUGUCAAUAACUAGCCCCCCACCCCCACCCCGCUUGGCCUUUGACGGAUAUUGUGAAGUUCGCCUUUGGGGUUCUCGUGUAAAUAAUCACCCUCUUGCGACUUGAGGCUCUUCUCUCUGUGCACUGCUACACAAAAGCCUGUCUUUUCCUGACUCUGGCCACUUUUUAAGGACUGAGACAAUGAGACUGGCCAUUUCUCUCUUGGUGGUUUGUUCUUUUGCAAUUUUCUAUCUUCCUUUGGUUUUCUAAGCCUUUGACUACUUGCUGUCUUGGAGAGAAUCUUGGGAAUCCGCAGCGGAGACCCUUCCGAACGGCGUCGCUUUGCAAGCCUGCUUACGCUGCAUGGCCCUGCUGCUACGUACCGGUGGUUGUCUUUGCUCUUCUUCUUGACCUGAUGGAGACGGGGGGCACAGUGGGAGUGCCACUGCGCUCAGCCGGGAGGGUGCUGCUGCCUGCUGCCGUGGGACGGAAAGGUUCCAGGCCAAGCAAGAAGCGGCGCCCUGUCAGGAUCUGAGACUUCUUGAAAAGCUUUUGUCUCCUUUUGAUUGCUCAACACAAAUACAACAGCAGACACAAAUAAACUUUCACCAGAACACCAAA